AUGCUCAGAAUGGGGACAAGUCUUCAUCCUGGAUGCUCUGGCGAUCUACGACCCACCGAACUCCAAGGUGGCGGAAGCCAUCCUGGAGAAAGGUGUGGUGGCGACGCUGCAUCAUCACAACAGCGCGGUGGCGAAGCCAUCAAGGUCAUCAUGAAGUUCAUGGAUCGCCUCAACAGCCAAGAGUUGGUGCGGUCCAUUUGCCGGAAGAUGACCCCGCCCUUGCUGACGAUGCUGUCCGCGGAGCCCGAGAUCCAAUAUGUGGUCAUGAGGAACAUCAACCUCAUUGUCCAGAAGCAGCCCAACAUGCUGCAGACGGAUGUGAGAUAUUUUGUGUGCAAGUACAACGAUCCGCUCUACGUGAAGUUGGAGAAGAUCGCCGUCAUGGUGCAACUGGCCUCGGAGCGCAACAUCGACCAGGUGCUUUCGGAGUUCCGGGAGUAUGCCUCAGAGGCCCUUGCAGAGGUGAAUCUCUUCAGCCAGGUCUUGAGCUGGCUAGGUUUGCCCAGAGUGCCAGCCACUGUUGGCGCCCAAGGGAAAGUGGAGCCCUGGAGACGCUUCGCCAUGUGCGUUCACCGGUGGAAGGAGUCCGAGCGGCCUAAGGGGCCACCGAAGCAGAAGAAGGAGAAGAAGAGCUAUAGCCACCUGGCUAUGGUGAAGCGUGGGGAGAGGCCAAAGAUCAAGAGGCUCAAGUGGAAGGCUCGAUGCAUCCAUGGCCACCGUGCGAAGGCCUGCGCCAUCUGCCGCGGCUGUCCGCACGGGCGGCUUCCCUUCCGCUGCCCCGAGUGCCGAGGCAGUUGCCCCCACGGGCUGUUUGUUCGGCGGUGUACCAUCUGCUCGGGCUGUGAGCAUGGGGUGCUGCGCGACGUCUGCACCAUGUGCACGAGUCGCGGAUGUAAGCAUGGCCUGGUGAAGUCUGCCUGCCGCCUCUGCACGCCCUGCCCGCACGGACGCCUCAAGGGCGGCUGCUUGACGUGCAAUGGCUGCCCCCAUGGCCGGCUACGGCAAAACUGCGCCAGCUGUAAGUCUUGCCCCCAUGGCAAGGUGCGAGAGCACUGUGCCUCGUGCAACGUCUGCAAACAUGGCGUGCACAAGCUCACCUGCCUCACCUGUCAUGGAUGCCCACAUGGGAAGCUGCCGCGCUUCUGCCCCCAGUGCCAACCCUGCGAGCACGGCAAGGACCGUGCCCACUGUCCCAAGUGCGCAGGGUGUCCACAUGGGAAACUGCCGCACAACUGCAAGCUCUGCAGUGGCUGCCCGCAUGGCCGCGUCAAGCGCUUCUGCGGCACUUGCAACCCUUGUCCUCAUGGCCGCAGGAAGCAGAACUGCCCCCAGUGCAAGACGUGUGAGCAUGGCAAGCUGAGGGAUGCCUGCAGCGAAUGCAAGGGUUGCCCGCACGGAAAGAUCCGGCGCUUCUGCGGCACCUGCAACCCGUGUCCUCAUGGCAGGCUGAAGCAGGCCUGCCGCGAGUGCACGGCCUGCGAGCAUGGCAAGGUGCGCAACAGCUGCAGCACGUGCAAUGGCUGUCCGCAUGGCAAGGUCCGUCGCUUCUGUGGUCGUUGCAAUCCUUGUCCACACGGAGAGCCCAAGCAGAGCUGCAAGCAAUGCAACAGCUGCCCGCAUGGGAAGCGUCGGGCCUCCUGUGCCGAGUGUAAUGGAUGCCCACAUGGGAAGGUGAGACGCCUCUGCGCGGUGUGCAACGAUUGUGGGCAUGGGAAGCUGGCCUUCAACUGUGGGAUUUGUAAGGCAGCAUUGUACAGCACAUUGACCUGA